AUGCCGCCUAUAAGGCAGUAUAACGCUUCUCCCAUAUCCCCUGUGUCAGGCCCUGGGGGGUAUGCGCCAGAUGCUAUGUACGGCGCAGACCCCGCAUAUGCUGCUCCCGACACGCGCUCUGCAAAUGGAGGACAUGGACCUGGAAAUCCGACCUAUAAUCUCCGAUCAGGACCUCCAGGACCUCCUGGCCCUUCAUCUCGCUCACGCCCGCCCCACGGUCCAUCAAAUUCACAACCCCGAUCGAUGCGACCACCAGGACCUCCGGGUCCAAUGAAUGGUCGUCCUCCCAAUGGAGGACCUAGAGGACCUGAUCCUCGUCGUCCCUACCCUCCUGGUGCUAUGCCACCGCAGAAACGAUCACGAGCGCCUCGUAAUCAACCUCGGCCUGGCGAGAACUAUGAUAAUCCAUUUCCCACUGUUGCCCCCAGAGACCCUAGAGACCGACGUGGACCUGAUCCUCGGGGCUUGGAGAAUGGUAUGGCAGCAAUGGAUAUCAAUGGUAAUGGUAGAAUGCCUCCUCGACCGCAUACUGCAAAUGGACAGAGGCAAGGCAUGCGACCACCUCCCCCGCGUGGACCGCCACCUGUGCGUGGCCGCGGAGGACAGUAUUCAGGCCCUGGACGCCCUCCUGUCCGCCCAGAUCAACAGGAUCGAUCUUACACGGAUCCAAAUUUUACUGGCAUGCACCCUGCUGCGUCCCGACCUCAUCCUUCGCGAAGCGCAACAAUGCCUUCCCAAACACGCGAAUAUACUGGUCCAGCAGCCUAUGGAGACUUUGAAUACCAACAAAAUUCGAUGGAUCAUACUCCAUCUACGCGUUCUGAUACGACCGGCUCUAGACGAUACCCUAUGCCCCGACCUGGUAACGACAUGGACUCUGGGCUAAUGGUCAGCCAUUCUGAUGUCAAUAAUCGUGUGUCAUAUGCACCCAGAGAAUUUUUGGAUAGUUAUUAUGAAAGCGGUCCAGACGAGGAUCCCGACAUGCCCAACUUUGAUGCGAUUCCGGAAAGUGGUCCCGUUGAUGAGAUGGGACUUGACACACAUACAAUACAAACUUCGUCGUCUCCACCUUCGUCAUCGGGUGGCCAGUAUGCAGCCUUUUCGCCCACCUCCGGCAAUAGUUCGCUAGCGCACUCCAAAUCCCAGCCCAAUCUUCGAAAGGGCAGUGUUCCCAAUCAAUUUGAACAUGCUGGAUUUCAAUUUGAUAUUCCCAGUGAAAUGCACCCAGGCCAGGCUGGAUAUGUGCCCCAGGGCUAUGAGGCCCAUGGCUAUGAACAGGGUUCCCCAUAUGACCAAGUGAACCCAUAUGCCGGUCAUGUCCAAGACCCGUAUGCUAUCAACCAACCGGUACAUGAGUUCGAGCAGGCUCAGAUUCCGGAUCCUCAACAAAGCCCUGAUACUCUGUCUAGCCACCCUACACCGUUCAGACUUGGCCAUGACCCAUCAGGCAAGCCUGCACCAGUUCGACAAUACACAGGUGCCCCCAAUCCAGCCCCCGCGCAAUCAGCGCCGCAGCCACAGCCACCAACAGGUCCUGAUUCGACUCCCGUCACUCAGCAGGAAGUAGAGAGACUUCAGCAGAAAGCGCGAGCUAAUCCGGCUGAUCACAAAACUUCACUUCUCCUUGCCAAAAAGAUGGUUGAGGCCGCUGACGUUCUUGUUACCAAUAAUGCUCGACUCGAUGCAAAAAUGAAGGUCAAGGCCAGGGAGAAGUAUAUUUUGGACGCGUACAAGAUCGUGAAGAAGCUUGUGUCGGCUGGUGUUCCCGACGCACAGUUCUACCUGGCCGAUUGUUAUGGCGAAGGUCAAUUGGGUCUGGAGGCUGACCCGAAGGAGGCAUACUCGCUGUAUCACUCUGCCGCGAAGGCUGGACACGCACAAUCUGCGUACCGAGUGGCAGUUUGCUGCGAAAUCGGCCAGGAGGAAGGUGGCGGCACUAGGCGAGAUCCAAUGAAGUCUGUACAGUGGUACAAACGUGCCGCAGCUUUGGGUGACACCCCGGCCAUGUAUAAGAUGGGAAUGAUCAACCUGAAGGGUCUGCUGGGUCAGACCAAGAAUCCACGCGAGGGUGUUUCGUGGUUGAAGCGUGCAGCCGAGCGCGCCGAUGAAGAAAAUCCGCACGCGCUACAUGAAUUGGCUCUCAUGUACCAAACUGCCACUGGAAAUGACACUAUCGUCCAAGACGAGGCAUAUGCCUGUGAACUAUUUCACCAGGCCGCGGACUUGGGUUACAAGUUCUCCCAGUUCCGCCUUGGUACUGCCUAUGAAUAUGGCUUGAUGGGAUGUCCCGUGGACAACCGAAUGAGUAUUAUCUGGUACACUCGUGCUGCUGCCCAGGGUGAACAUCAGAGUGAGCUUGCCCUCAGUGGUUGGUAUCUAACUGGAUCGGAGGGCAUCCUUCAGCAAAAUGAUACGGAAGCCUAUCUUUGGGCCCGGAAAGCGGCUACAGCUGGUCUGGCCAAGGCUGAAUAUGCCAUGGGAUACUUCACUGAGGUUGGCAUUGGUGCUACUGCUAAUUUGGAUGAUGCCAAACGAUGGUACUGGCGCGCAGCGGGUAGGCGAACUUACUACAUGAUUCUUGAUAUGCGAAAUAACUAA